UUGCGUUGAAUUAUAUUACGUCAUAUUUAUUUGAAAGGUCAAGGGUUUUUAUUUGUAAACAAUUAAUGAAGGUUAAUAUUUUUGAGCAGCGAUUUUUUCUUCAACAAAAGAACUAAUUCUGUAGAAAUGGCAGCUGUAUUACCACCAAGACGAAAUCCCACUCCGACAAAAAUAUCUAAACAAAAUUUAACUCCAUUACAAACUUUAUUGCAAAUGGGUUUUCCAAAACAUAGAGCGGAAAAAGCAUUGGCGGCUACAGGGCAUAGAGGAGUACAGUUGGCAUCAGACUGGUUACUAGCACACGUAAAUGAUCCAUUACUUGAUGAUAACUCUCCUAGAGAAUAUAUUUUAUAUGCUUGCCCUACUGGUGAUUUUUCACAACAGCUUCAAACAUUUUGGGAAAAAUCUCUUUCACUUUGUGGUUGGAAUGGUGCUCAUAAUUUUACUCCUCACAUAACUCUGGUUUCGUUUUUUAAGGCACCUGAUGAAGAUGCGUUGACAUUGUCUCAAGGAUUGAAAUCUGUGAUGGAAAGACAAGGAGCAGUUUUGAAUGAACCUCUAAAUUUGGAGACUUAUACAUCUCCAAAUUUUAUGGGAUUUUUUGUGACUGAGGAACAUGCCGAUUAUUUAAAGCGGAUAGCAAUGCAAUAUGUUAAAGAAGUAUCCAAUGCAAUUAUUAGUGAUACUUACGAACACUUCGAUGCACUGACGGCUUGUUUUCCUUGGUGCACUACAACAACUGCAAGGUGCAUACCCAGAGGAAGCCGAUCUAUAAGUCUAGAACCUCAUGUAAAAUCCCUCCAUUUGACGUUAGCCUAUCAAUUUCCAAGUUCCCAAUAUUCAAGUUUGAAAUCGCUCGUCGAUGAACUUGAUCCCGGUGCUUCUGAGGGCUGGGAACUUAGAUUAUAUUCCAGAGAUCCUAGGAUUAAUAGCAAGCAAAUUAAUAGGGUAGUACAUGCUUAUACACCUGUAGAAUCAGAUGAAUUAGAUCUACGGAUUGGAGAUUUCAUUUACAUAAGUGCUGAUGCUAUUGCAAACUCAGCUGAUGGUUGGGUAGAAGGUACAUCAUGGUUGACUGGUCAGACUGGACUUCUACCAGAAUCGUAUACUGAAAGGACUGCUGAAUCAGACGCUUGGACACUACAUAAAAAGAUUGCUCUCAAUCAAAUCGGGACUGGUGAAAGAAGAAGUUCUUAUAAAAAAGACAAUAUGAUAGAAGAAACAUCUGCCUUAUUUUCGGACGCAAUCAAACCGCCUGUACCUCCAACAAUCGACGAUAGUAAUGGCGACGAAGGAAAUGUUUACGAAAAUUUGUUGGAAUUGAAAAAAAGGGCAGCUAAUAACACUGAGUCUAAACCUCGAAGUGUCUUCGUAAUGCGACAUGGAGAACGAGUUGACUUCACCUUCGGUAGUUGGACCCCUUAUUGUUUUGACGAAACAGGUAAAUACACGCAAAAAGAUUUGAACAUGCCAAAAACCUUGCCAAUAAGAAGUGACGGAAGCAUUGGGUAUUUGAGAGAUUCUCCUAUUACGAAUAUUGGAAUUAUACAGGCAACUUUGACUGGAGAAUCUCUUAGAGAUAAAAAUAUUGAUAUAGAACAUGUUUACUGCUCUCCAUCGUUCCGAUGUAUUCAAACUUGUGAUGGUUUUUUAAGAGGACUGGGGAAAAGAGACCAGCUUAAAAUAAAAAUCGAACCUGGACUUUUCGAAUGGACUAUUUGGUAUAAUGAAGGAGUUCCUGCUUGGUUAUCUAAAGAGGAAUUGUUGCAAGGCGGUUUUAAUAUUGACGAAAAUUAUAUACCUUUUGUUAGCGAAAAGGAGCUAAAGGAAUCGAAAGAAAAUUGUGAACAGUUCUAUUUGAGGAAUGCUUUUAUUACACGAAGUGCUUUAUCAGCUCAUCCAAGCGGCAACAUUCUCCUUGUUGGUCACUCAGCUACAUUAGAAACCUGCUCCUAUGAAUUGAUUGGUAGAAAACCGAAAUCUAAAAAUGAUAUGAUUAAACUGAUACAAAAAAUACCAUACUGCGCAUUUAUCGAAGUAACUAACAUCAGCGGUGAAUGGCAAAUAGUAGAACCGCCAAGCUUGCCAGUAACUCAUUCUAAUAAUCAACGGUUCGAUUUUAAAUUGAUCUUAGAAUAAAUAUAUCCCAUCGUGUAACCAUUAUUUUAGAAUAUAGAUUAUAGUAUAUUUCAUUUUAAAAAGAUUGGGAAGUUUCAAAUAAUUCAAUCGUUAUUUUAUUUUACAUUAAGCACUAUAUUAGUUCAUAACUAAGAACCUUUUUGGUCCUAAUUUAAAUAUUAUUGUUGAGUGUAAUGUUCAAUUGUAUUUUAGUUAUUAGUAAUUUAAGAGAAAUUUUAAUAAUUAUUAACAAUUAUUAAUAUCAAUAAUUCUUCAGCCCGCAAAGGCUAGAUUUAUAUAAAAGCAGUGGAUCAAUUGUCUAAAUAAUAUUUUUGAAUUUUAAAGAUUAAUGCCAAAAACUGGGUAGUCGGAAUUCUGGAACAAUUGAUGAUAUUCAUAUUGAACACACUACCACUACACCUACACUCACAUUUACACCUUCUGGUCCUUCCAGUUCGAUAGCUCAUAUCCAGAUCGAAAGACCAACCAGUGUGAUUGUGAGUGUGGUGGUAAGAAGCUGUGAGCUUUUUCUAUUCCUAUUGUUGUUUAUCAAUUUGACAAAUGUGACAUCCACAGAUAAAGAUAAAUUCCAUGUAAUGUAUUUUAAUUUGUUUUGUUUGUUUCAAAAUAUAUAUUUUAUUCGUUUUAAAAUUAUUAAUCAGUAUUUAACAUUAUUUAUGAAAACUUCCCAAUCUUUUAGUUAUUUUAAUGUAACAUGACUAUUCAAUCUAUUGAUUUGUGAUCUAAAAGCAUAAGAAAUAUGAACACAAUGUUUAACUAGCUACCAAUUCACUGCCAUUGACAUUUUCAUAAAUAUUUAUUUAGUGCAUUCAAAGAAAUUUAUAUGUGUUGAUAGGUUUCACUAUUUUUUAUGUAUAAUUACCAUUACAUCAUUUUCCCACUCCCUCAUUAUUGUAUUAAUGCAUAUUGCUUAGGGUGGCACAAAAAACCGACUAUUUUUUUUGAGUCUCUGAUGAAAAAAUGUUAGUUUUUGAUAUUUUAAGAGCCCUCUCCAAAGGACAGCUCAAAAAAAAAUUUUAAGAGGUCGCUCCAAAUUUUUUUAAAUUUCGAAAAUCAAA